AUGAAGUACAUCUUUACUAUUUCGCUGAUAAUUGCCAGUGCUCUUGGACAGGGCAUGUCUCAACUCCCCUUUUGCGCGAUUACUUGUGCCUUUGGCGCCAUUAGCUCUGCUGGCUGUUCAGUUACUGAUGCCAAGUGUCUCUCUAAAGGAAUUGCGCGAUACCAGUCCACGCGGCCGACCAAUGUCCUUAUUUUGCACAACAGACCAUUACUUGCCGAGUUUGUUAAGUUGAACCCGGAAAAGAUCCUCUACCUAGAGAAUGGGGGAUACUAUGUGAAAGAUAUCCACAACAACGUCCUCGCCAUCACCGCUGACAACUUGCGUGAGGAACUCGACACUGCUAUUCCUAGUAUCAAUGCUGAAUCCUUAAAAAUAACUCUAUUUAGGGCUAUGGAGCGUCCGGCUCUAGCGGUACUACACAUCUCUCGGACGUAA